GAUUUUAAACGUCUUCAAUGAACAUAUUAUUCAAGUCGAAUACUGUACUGUAUUUUAGCUUCGAAAAACAUGGAAAUUACAGAAAUUAGCCGAUAGAGAGCAGAAGAACGGAGUGCAGUCACUGUCAUCGGAAACCAUACAAUUUACAACAACAAACCGUGCAUUUACCGGAUUUUGAUUGAACAAACAUGAAUAGUGGCUGUAGACGGAUCCUUUAUCAGACAUGACCAAACUAAAGAGACAAACACCAAACACUUACACAGCGUAUAAGCUUGCAGCGUGCACCCACUGGUGUAUAUAUAAUUUCCGGGAUACACUUGAAUGCGACAUACCGCGUUCACUCGACAAGACUUCCGCGGGAAAUUCAGAAGCUUCUGGACACUCUAUUCCCAUUUGGAGCUAAAUAGCGAAACAAAACAAAACAAACAAACAAAACAAAAACAGGACAAAUAUAAUAAAACACAUUUUAACGCGGAAUUAUCACAAUAGUGGACGUUACAAGGCGAGCUAAUCAUCAAAAUGUCCAAAAAGAAAGGACUAAGUUUGGAGGAGAAGAGAAGCCGCAUGAUGGAGAUUUUCUUUGAAACAAAGGAUGUCUUUCAGCUGAAAGACAUUGAGAAGAUUGCCCCUAAAACAAAGGGAAUAACACCUAUGACGGUGAAGGAGGUGCUGCAGAGCCUGGUGGAUGACAAUAUGGUGGACUGUGAGCGUGUGGGCACGUCCAACUACUACUGGGCCUUCCCUAGCAAAGCUCUGCACGCUCGCGAGCUCAAACUGGAGGAGCUGAACAAACAGGUGUUGGAGGCAAAGCAGCGCAAAACUUCGCUGGAGGACGCGAUUGGAAAAGCCAAAGAAGGACGUCAGGAUACAAAAGAGAGAAGCGUCAUGUUGAAGGAGCUUCAGGCUCUGAAAGAGGAGCGGGCUCAGAUGCAGACUGAGUUGGACAAAUACAAGGAGUGUGACCCACAAGUUGUCGAACAGAUGAGAAAAUCAAAUGUUGUGGCCAAAGAAGCCGUUUCCAGGUGGACAGAUAAUGUUUUCGCCAUCAAGUCGUGGACCAAGAAAAAAUUUGCGUUCGACGACAGCCGCAUCGUCAAAGCCUUCGGGAUCCCCGAGGACUUCGACUACAUGGAUUGACUGACUCUCAGCUGUUCAGUUUAAGGGCACGAGCCUUGUGUUGCCAGAUGGAUCUCAUCGGCCGAUAUUGGGCUUUUUUGACACAACCAGAGAUGAAACAAGAGCGUCCUAUUAGCGGGUUAGGCGAUGAAAAUCACUUUGCACCUGUUGGCCUAAAAACUGGGCUUCCCGAGUAUAUCCGUCGUAAUUUGAUUUUGUCAGUUGUUGUGUUAUUUUGCCUUUUUCUAUUGUUAUCAUAGGGUUCCUUUAGUUCCUGUUUCACAAUGUGAGUGUUUAUACGUUUCUACCCCAGGCCCGUACAAGCAGUAUUUCUAUAUGAACCAACAAAACGGGAAGAAUUUUGUCACGACACGCCAGCGAUGACUACCCGUGUCUUCUCCAAAACGAGAUGCAGAGCAGAGCCGUGGUGUGUUGACUUGACAAGCUCAGUGAGUCUACGCAUGUACUUCGACGUUGGUUUUCCAUCGCUUGUGUCGUAAAACACGUCGCUUUUCGUUAUGCUUCACGAUGCGACUUUGCGACAGCACAUUGUUCACGUUUGUUUGUUUAAAAUGUGCUCCCCAUGUGAAAUCGUGCAAGAGAGAGAGUUAGGGGGGUGGGUAAUAAAUAAAUGCCUGAGUGCAGCUUUGUUUGAACACA